CAAAACUGAAAUAAGUUUAUAUAAAAAAAGAGUCAAAGGCAUUCCAUUUCUUUUCUCUUAUCAUAAAUGCACUGUACUCUUUUUCAAGUGUUUGUCUGUUUGAUUGCCAUCGCUGGAUGGUUUAUUAGUUUUGUAGGUUUAUUGAUGGCUCGUACGAUCAGUCAAACGAUAUCAUGGUACAUUAUUGGCUUUGAGUUAUUUUUAGUGUCCUUUUCAUGCGCUGUGCUUUGGACAAACACAUCAAGGACAUAUUAUCCUGUGGUCCUGACAUUCACAUCCAUCAGUAUAUCUUACAGUAUAAAUGAAAUAGCGAUCAAUGUUGCGACUAGGGCACCUACGUUAAUUGCAGUAGCAUCUGGUUAUUUCAUUUUAAUUGUAACUCAAGCUAUUUGGAUCUUUCAAUUUGGAGUACAAAGACAAGAAUAUGACCACGACAUGGAUGAAUACAGUCAUGUAUACAUCAAUAAUUCAUAUAGAAAAGAGCCAAGUUCGAUCACAUUUGGCAACAGCAUGCCAAGCUAUCCUCUUCCAAUGCAUGUUCAAGAAAGAGUGGCACCUAUGCCUGUUUAUCAAACAAACGAAUCACAGAAUACAGUAUAUUUAUCACCACACGCAGAUUAUACGAUCCCUGUAAAGGCUAUUCACAGCUAUGAAGCAAAUAAAUCAGAUCCAAAUGAAUUGUCAUUUCAAAAGGGAGAAGUGAUGUAUGUACACGAAAUGAAAGGCAGUUGGUGGCAAGCAAAGAAAUCAAAUGGGGAUAUAGGCAUGAUACCAAGUAAUUAUGUAAGCCUUACAGUCGUAGAUUAGACAAUUGUUCAUUAUGUAUAUAUAUUUAUUAUUAUUAUUAUUAUUAUU